UCCGUUGGACGCCGUGAAAGAUGAUGGCAUCCUGAUGUACAUGGUCAUGAUCAUCAAGGACAUAUCGCAACCUUUAAAGCUAUCGGUGAUUAAUAAGAAAUCUGCCGCUAAGCAUUUAUCACAUGUCAUCCUGCUCGUCCGAGAUUCGAGGAAACUUUCGUUGGGAUGGAUGCGUGCCAGUUUCAGGCAAUUUUGGACCAUAUGGUUACUGAACAUUGUGAUCAUCUUUUGGCGCACAGAUCGCAUGCAUGUAUAUCGUUAUAAUCCGUUUACGGACGACUUUCUAUUGCCUGUGCCCGUUGAGCCGGGCAAGCUGCCCACGUUGGGACAGAUGUUUCCUAAGACGAUACCAAAUAUGCAACGCAAGCCUUUGCGAAUGUGCCUCUUCAUGGAUAAAGUGCGUGCGGUUUACGGUCCGAAUGGUCAGAUACUGGGCACAGAUGGACUACUCUCUGGUUAUAUAGCUGAGCGAAUGAAUGCCACCCGGAUUAUCACACGGCCGAUGUCAUAUUCCCGGCACAAUCAGACGGCGGAUUUGUGUGCCAUGGAGAUUGCCAAUGAAUUCGAUGAUAUCGCCAUGAAUAUCAGAUUUCUAGCACCGGAUACAUUUCAAAAGCGCGCCGAGUCCACAGUUGCCCACAAUCGAGAUGAUCUUUGCGUGAUUGUGCCCAAGGCCAAGUCGGAGCCAUUAUUCUGGAACAUAUUCCGGCCCUUUGGCAAAUGGGUCUGGCUAUCUAUACUCAUCUCCGUGCUGCUCGCUAUAAUCUUCUGUUAUACUCUCAACCGCGAACGUGAUGGGAUUUGGGUGACCCUUCAGCUCAUCUCCUGCAUUCUGUCUCAACCCGUAUGGAAUACUCGCAGAAACUGUUCGCUGCGAAUGUUUCUCAUCUUUUGGCUGUACUUUGGAUUGCUUAUCUCCAACGCCUUCAAGGGUAAUUUGACCAGUAUGUUGGUCUACCGCAAGCCUCUGCCUGAUGUCAAUAAUCUUAAUGAUCUGGCUACUUCGCCAUAUAAGAUACUUAUACGUCCAGUUCACGUCAAGCAUAUUAAGCGAUUCUUAAACAAUGACCAUCAACUUGAGGGGAAGAUUCAGCAGUUAAUGCGCGAGGUACCGGAUCAGGAGUUUUUGAAUUAUUUGAGAAAAAAUGAUCGCUCUUUUGCCUAUCUGGAAAAAUAUCAUAUUGCCAAGUUCCAGGUGAAUGCUCGUCAGCACAUGCUCAAUGGUCUGCCCUUGUUUCAUCAAAUGGACAGUUGUCUGGUGCCCUACCAUGCGGUCUACACGGUACCCUACGGCUCUCCCUAUUUGGGCUUUUUCAACCAGCUCAUUCGUAGUGCCUAUGAGUUUGGUUUCGAGCGUUAUUGGAAUCGCAUUAUGAACGCUGAAUUCAUGAAGUCCGGUACCAGAGUGCACCACAAUCGUCGUAGCAACAACAGCGAUGAUCCGGUCGUUCUUAAACUGGAGCACUUUCAUGCCGUGUUCUUUCUUUGGGCCAUUGGCACUGGGCUGGCUUUCUUAGUAUUCUUAUGGGAGUUACUAGCACAUAACUGGGUCAUAACAAAGCUCAAGCGCCAGGCAAGCAUGCAAACUUAAACAUACAUAUACAUAAAUGAACAUAUGUAUGCACAUAUAUAUACAUAUAUUUAC